CUCUAGGUAGGGUUUCCGCUUCCGUCUCGCGGCCGCUUCCGGGUUUGGGCGUGAUGGAGUCGGUCCUGAGCGAAGUGGUGGCGUCGGAGGACCUAAAAAGAUUUGAGAAGAAGUUCAACUCUGAGCAAAGCGCCGGCAACGUCACCAAGGGGACACAGUUUGAGUACGCGUGGUGCCUGAUCCGCAGCAAAUACAAUGAGGACAUCAAAAAGGGCAUUGUCCUUUUGGAAGAACUGUUGCUCAAAGGGAGCAAAGACGACCAGCGGGACUACGUCUUCUACCUCGCGGUCGCCAAUUACCGACUGAAGGAAUAUGAAAAGGCUCUGAAGUACAUCCGGGGCCUGUUGAAGACUGAGCCAAGCAACACACAAGCCUUGGAGAUGGAAAAACUGAUCAAGAAGGCCAUGCAGAAAGAUGGCUUGGUUGGCAUGGCGAUCGUGGGCGGCAUGGCAUUGGGCGCGGCCAGCCUGGCGGGCCUGAUCGGCUUGGCCAUUGCCAAAUCCAAAUCCUAAAGGCGGAUAGGAUCGGCCUCCCUUUCUCUUCUUCUGCGGUGGAGCAGCCCGGCCUGGCAGCUUGGAAGACCAACCCUUCAGAGAAACGAACGGAGGAGGGAUGGAUGAUUUGAAAAAAAAACAAAAACGCUUUGGUUUUCUUCCAACGUCACUAACCCGACUUUAAUUCCUGGAUUUUUGGUCCUUUUUUUUUUUUCCUCCUCCUUGCUGAUCAGCUGCCACUUUCAUGAGGGCAAAAGGGCGAAUGAUAAUGCAGAAUUUGCCCAGAGAAUGAGAGUGGGAUUAUAACCCAUUUUUUUUCCUCUUGCAUUAAUCCAAGCAGAGGGUUUUUCUGCUGUUUUUCUCCUCCACUGGUAGAAAAAGACGUAACUAAGUCCUUCUCUCUGUCUCUCUCCCUGUUUCUGUCUCUCUCCCUGUCUGUCUGUCUGUCUGUCUCUCUCUCUCUCUCUCUCUCCGCCUUUCACUUGUCCCAAAAGUUUGGAAGAUUUUCCUGCUGAAGCACGGGAGCACAACUUGCUGUCCCUUCUGGAAAAAACCAGGAUGUCCUCCUGGCUUUCGGAUGAAGCUGGAGACGAGACAGGCCGCCUCGGUGGUGGUGUGUCUGUGCGUGUUUGUGGAAAAGCAGCAAGUUUCCUUUCACUCGCAAACUGAUUUCCCCCCCCCCCCCUUCUGCUUUUGGACUUGCUCGUUAACUGCAUCAGGGUGUAUAAUCAGGUGGAAUCCAUUGUCGACACUAGAUAAUAAUAAUAAUAAUUAUUUUAAUUUCCUUGUUAUGCUUAGCCGGGCAGGCUGCUGAAUUUCUUUCAAUUUCGUUUUAAAAAAUAUAUUUAAAAAGGUCAUUUUUGUGAAGGUUAAACAGGCUGGGAAGCAAGAGCAAGAGGCCCAUCUGUUUUGGCCCCUCGAAAUGUGUAGAUUUUGGUAGCGUAGGAGCAGACCACAGCAAACCACGCCGUCUCUUGCUGAACUACAAUACCCAAAGUUCCUCACUCUUGACCAUGUUACCUAGACUCCGCUUAGAUCUGAAGCUCACAAGUUAGCUAGCUUGAGUAAGACAUCGGUCUAUGGUCCCUUGGACUUGUGGACUUCAACUCCCAGAAUUCCUGAGCCAGCUAUGCUGGCUCAGGAAUUCUGGGAGUUGAAGUCCACAAGCCAUAAAAGGGUCAUAAUUCUCCACCUCGAUUUAUAUGUGGGCGCAGAUAUUGAUACGCUAUCAAUGAGUGUUGGAUGGUUCACACUAUUGGAAAACAUCUCUUUUUUCUUCUUCUCUGAAUUAGGUAUAUUUGUAUUGUUUUCUAGCCUCUGGGUGGCAUGAAGGAAGAAUAAAAUUCAUUAAGAGAAUGA